CUUCUUCUGCUUCUGCUUCUUCUUCUUCUUCUUCUUCAGGUAGUAAUUGAUCAUUGAUGGCUCUGAUGCUGGAGAAUUGCGAAGGAAUCAUACUAUCUCUGGAUUCACAGAAAUCGAUGCCAGCUCCCUUCCUCACAAAAACCUACCAACUGGUAGACGAUCCCACCACCGAUCACAUCGUCUCUUGGGGAGAAGACGACACCACCUUUGUUGUCUGGCGUCCACCUGAAUUCGCUCGCGAUCUCCUUCCCAACUACUUCAAACACAAUAACUUCUCUAGUUUCGUUCGUCAGCUCAACACCUACGGUUUCAGAAAAAUUGUACCUGAUCGAUGGGAGUUUGCACAUGAAUCUUUCAAGAAAGGAGAGAAGCAUUUGUUAUGUGAGAUCCAUCGAAGAAAGACUUCUCAACCUCAACUACCUAUUAACCACCACCACCACCAUCACCACCCACAUUCGCCGAUCGGCGGCGGUGGUGGGGCUGGUUUCUUCCCAUUCACCAGCCGAGUUAGUGUCUCCCCUUCCGACUCAGACGAACAAGUGAAUUGGUGUGAUUCGUCGCCGAUUUCGUCUCCUAGCGGAGGAGCAGUAACAGGAGGAGGAGGAGGAGGAGGGAGUGUCUGCACCAGCAGCUCGGUGAUGGCGCUUUCGGAAGAUAAUGAAAGACUACGGAGGAGCAACUCGAUGUUGAUGUCGGAGUUGGCUCAUAUGAAGAAGCUUUAUAAUGAUAUAAUCUAUUUUGUGCAAAACCAUGUGAGACCUGACGCUCCUAGCAACUCUUUUCCUGCUCCUGCUCCUGCUCCUGCUCCUACACCAGCUUUGGUGCAAAAGCCUCUUCAUCAACUACUUGGGUUUUAUCACUCAGCACCUAAACAGGUUCAACAAGCUCAACAAGCUCAACAAGCUCAACAAGUGAAGAGUUCCUUCAAACCUACUACUACUACUACUGCAUUCAAUGACUCCAUUCAAGAGGCCAACAACAAUAAUGGUAGUAGUAGGUUAACGAAGCUUUUUGGUGUUCCUCUUCACUCUAAGAAGAGAUUGCACCCAGAUCCCACAUCUCCUCCCACUAUGACCAUGGAGACUAGUAAAGCUCGUUUAGUGUUAACUAAAGAUGAGUUAGGGUUGCAUCUUAUGCCUCCCUCUCUCUGCUAGCUAGCUUGUUUCUUUGUCUUGAUCACUUCCAUUUUUUUCAAGAUUCUCUAACCCUUACUCCCCCCCCCCCCUCUCUCUUACCUUUCUUCUGUUUCUUUCUCUUGUUUGCUUUACCCAUCUUGUUCUUGUU